AUGGAGGAUGCGAGCACGAUGAAGAAGACGUUCACGGUGCCGGAGAUUAAACCGCUGGACCAAUAUGAUUUCAACCGAGCGAAGACAUGUGCCAGCGUUCGCUGGCUAUUGGCAAAAUCUUACGGGUCCGCAGAGAAUGUACCAGUGGAGCUGCGUAACCCCCUGUAUAAGGACCAGUAUGAACAGGAGCACCUUAAGCCAGAUGUGUCCAAGCUGCUACUCUCCUCAGACCAUUACUGCCGCGCCCACGCUCUGCUAGCCCAGGCCUAUGGGGUCUCCCUCCCAGCAUCACAGGGGUCUACUUCCAACAACUCAGCCCUGCUACAGCUUCUUACUAAGAAAGGUUUCACCCCCAAGACCCAGAAUGAAGAUGUUACUGAGGAAGACCUCAGCCAUGAUCCCAUAAAGAUGAAGGCCCACCUGGCCCUGAUUGAUGCUCUGAUGUCACUGGCAGCCCAGGAAACAGUGGGCAGGGUGAAGAUGGCGUUAGAGGCUGAGCAAAUGGGUGCUGGGGCUCCGUGGGAGAAUGCCUUGCUCUUCUGGGUCAACCGGCUGAACCAGAUGUUAAGACAGAGCACAGAGGAGGAAGAGCCUUCCAAGUCUCAGACUUGCACAGACCUGCAGCCUGUCCAGGAUACGUGUUCCUCCAACCGGUGGUACUGGAAACUAGUCCCACAUGCUAUCGCUUUUUGUUUGAAGGAGUCGGGGAAUAAGCCACCAGUGAUCCGCUAUAGGAAGGAUAAAGUGCAGUCUAAGCUGACUCCUACUUUUCCUCUGGUCUCCGGGGUUAAAGACCUGUCAAAUGGCUGUGCUAUAGCUGCUGUAUUGCACUACUACUGCCCAAGCUUGUUGCCUCUGGAGGAUGUGUGUCUGAAGGACACCAUGUCUGUGGCGGACAGCCUAUACAACCUGCAGCUGAUCAGGGACUUCUGUGAAAACAGCCUACACAGCUGUUGCCCGCUGGCUGUGGAGGACCUGCUCUACGCUCCGCCAGCUCUUCAUGUGAAUAUCAUGAGUUUUGUUGCCGAGCUGUUGGAGUGGUUUGAGGUUAAGAAGCCUGAUUUUGUCCAGCCCAUACAGCCGCUCGACCUCACAGAUGCCUCGGGGUUGUUGGACUGCACCAGUCCUGUCAGUGGGAACAGCAACAGUGGAUCUCCCUCCUUCAUUUUCAAACAACCCUUUGUGCCCAUCUCCUCCCCGAUGUCACCUGAAAACAAAACCUGGGCCAAGAAACAAAUCGGUCGUCCUCUCUCAGCAGUUACUUUCAGCAUACCCUUCGGCCUGGACAGUGAUGUUGACAUUGUCAUGGGCAACCCUAUUGAUUCUGUCCUGCGCUCCGUUAGCACAGACAGCCUGACCACUGGCAUCCCUGCUAUGACAUCCCCGCUGCCGUCGACGGGUAUGACGCAUGUCCCCUACAGCCCACCAGAAGACCUCAGCCACCUGGUCAGUGCCUCCGCCCCCUCACAGCGCUCUUCAUGGGGGCCUCACACACGCUCGCAAACACCACCACUGGGAGAGCUGCCAACCAUUGAGGAGGCACAUCAGGUGACCCACAACCCGGGAGCCAAAGAUGGGAGAAAGGGAAAACCGAUGGAUAAAGGUGAAAAAGGAGGAAGAAGAGGGGUGGUGGUUAGGCCAGAGCCCAGGCUGCGUCCAGAGGGCGCCCCAGCUGGCUUCUUCCUCCACUCACCAGAAGACAUUUCUGCCAAGUUCAGUAGCUCUGCCCCCUGCCGCACUGGUAUGCUUUACCGGCCUGUUGGAGGAGAAGUGGCUCAAAAAGAAAGGCAAGGACGGGGUGAGAAGAGAGAGAGAUCCAGGCAUAACUCCGACAUGUCACGGGAUGAUGACUCUGUACUGCGGGAUGGCAGCGUGGACUCCUCCGAAGCCUCGGAUGAUCUCCCCAGAAACACGGCGGGUAACCUUCGCCCCGGUAAUGGCCACCAAAGUAGCCAAAGCAAAGGUGGCAGCCCACGCAUGACAAGUUUUGCAGAACGACGGGACAGCAGGAGGAGACAGUCAGCCGCUCCUGGUGAGGAGUCAGCAUCUGCACCAACACCGACCACCCCAGGGACUCCGCAUACGCCUUCCACCCCAGCAGGGAUGCCCGGCCGCCAGGAUAGCCCGGGGCCAAGAGGUCCCGAGCCAGGCCCUGAGACCUGGGAGCUGGGAGCACGUCUGGAGGAGAAACGCAGGAGCAUCGAGGCCCAGAAGAAGAGGAUUGAAGCCAUAUUUGCCAAGCACAGACAGAGGCUGGGAAAAACAGCCUUCCUUCAGCUGAAAAAAGAGCAAGGAGAGGGAGGCGUAGAAGGAGUAGGAGGGGACAGUCUCACUCUGGAAGAACGCCUCACCCGUAUGGAAGAGCAACUUAAAAAGGAGGAGGAGAAGGAAGCGAGAGAAAAGAAAGAGAAGGAGAACCAAGGAGAGAAGGAGAAAGACAGGCCGACUGAAGGAAACAUCCAACCCCCGCCGCGACUGGAGAAGCAGGUUACAUUUUCUGUAGAAACACAGAAGGGGGCAGAAAAGGGAGAAAGGGAGAAAGAGAAAGGGGGGGAAGCGGUUAUUGUGGAGUACAAUGAGGUUGUGCAGAAACUGAGUGAGGCUCUGCAGUCCUUACAGAAGGACAUGCAGAAACUGACUGAACAGCAGCAGCAACUAAUGGGUAAACAGAGAACUGUAGCCAAAAAUAUGCCCAAAGCAACACCCAGGUCAAUGCCUAAAAGCAACAUCAGAACACCGCCCAAAACUCCUCCCCGCACUCCGACCAAGACUCCUCCUCGGACACCGACAAAGACUCCCAUGCGGAGCACCAGCAAAGCUUGGGUCGUCCCAGCCAGUCCAGUUCCCAUCUCCUCCACCACCUCCCCCUCCCAGCGAUCUCACGUGCACUCCUCCUCCACUAACUUCAACCAAAGCCCCAUCUCUUCCUCCUGCCCUGCCCCCCGCACUAAGAUUCACUCCUCUUCUGCUCCCCGCAGCCCCAAGCACCUCCCACGCCCCACCCACCAACCCCACCCACGUCCCUCUGAGCUCAAGUUUCCGCCACUCACUCGCGUCCUGACACCCCCGCAGAAUGUGGACACCCUUCCGCACCUGCGGCGUGUGUCCCCCAGCAAAUGUCAAGUCCAGACUUCGUCUUCUUUCCACAUUGGUGGGCCCCGCACCCCAAAGGGACCCCCACAGGGACCCCCGCAGACGUCCCAGCAGCCCGAAGAGAGUGCCUCUGAAACCGGCUCCAGUGAGACGCCUACCCAGUUCAGCCUGGAGCUGGAGCAAGAAGAUGGGGAGGCGGGAGUGGUGAUGGUGGCCUCGGGCGCUCCGUCAGAGUGCUCCUUUGACAGCGACACGCUGUCUCUGUCUGUGGCGUACAGCGCCGGAGGGGGAGGGAAGUGCUGCAGUCUCAUCGAGCCGUCACUAUCAUCCCUGAGAGGGCCAGAUGCAGGGAGUGAUGAGCCAACAGAUGAGGGGCAGGAGUUCUCCUCAGACUCUAUGAGCGACCACACAGAGGCUGCUGCUGAUCCAGCAGGACAGAUGGACGCAGCUGCAGAACCAAGACAGUUGUCAGAGCAGCAAACAGACGCCAAAGAAGAAAAACAGACACUGUGGGACAAGGCUGCAGAACCAGGGGGUGAACCAGGUGACCUGGGGACCAGAGGAGGAAUAGGUUUCAUCUUCAUGGAAGAGGCUCAUGAGGGGGAGAUGGCCCAGCGGAAAGCACUCCUGUUGGAGAGACAGCAAAGAAGAACUGAGGAGCUGAGGAAGAGGAGACAGUUGAAUGAACAAGAAAAGGAAAGGAGACCAGCCUCCUCAGAGGAGAAUAGGGGCUCUCCCUCUCGCACACCUCCGGCCGGCACUACCUCCCCUUCCCCUACUCCACCCGCCACACCAGCACGCCGUGGAGAUUUUACACGGGGGGAGUACGCACGGAGGCAACAGCUCAGGAUAAUGGCUGACCUGGACAAGGUGCUGCGGCAGAAACCAGCCUCUCAGGGACGAGGAGCCACCAAGAAGAGCCGGCCUCGCCCGCGGCCCCGCAGCAUGACCAGGGAGGAGUCACAGCUGCCUCAGAGUCCGGCCAAAGGAAGCGAGGGGCCAAAAAUGACCAAGGUUUACUCUCACUCCUCCCUCAACCUGGCCGCCAUGCCUGAUGAGCCGCGUAGCUCUACCAGUGAUGCCACUGCAAAGCCUCAAAGCCGUCCUCGCUCACCUUUAAGAUGUAUGUCACCAAGCAGACUGACCAAUCAGAAUGGAGAUAAAGACUGGGAGUCUGGUUCAAAUGGCACCUCACCUGUCCCAGAUUACACUGGUCCCAAGCUCUUCAAGGAGCCAAGCUUCAAGUCAAACAAAUUCAUCAUUCACAAUGCACUUUCUCGCUGCUGUCUGGCUGGCAAGGUCAACGAGACACAGAAAAACAAGAUAAUUGAGGAAAUGGAGAAGAGUCCGGCCAACCACUUUCUCAUUUUGUUUCGUGAUUCUAACUGCCAGUUCCGGGGCGUCUACACCAUGAACCCUGACUCCCAGGAGCUUGUGCGAUUGGCUGGCGUGGGCCCGCGGACAAUUAGCUCCAAUCAGGUGGAGUCCAUCUACAAAUACAGUUCAGACAGGAAGCAGUUCAGCACCAUCCCAUCCAAAACCAUGGGUAUGAGCGUGGAUGCCUUCACCAUCCCCAGUUCUCUUUGGCAAGGAGCUGGAGGAGGAGGUGGAGGCAGGAGAGCAAGCAUUACUAAGAAGGCUGGCAUGUCCAAGUAA